CUGACUGAUCUGACUACUACCGUACCGGUGCCUUUCUGCUUUCCUAUUCCAAUGAGAACUGUGGUAUUGGUGUAUGUACCAGCUUCAUUUUUUGUGCUGCCAAAGGAUCUGUUCUGCAAAAAGGGUCCUUUAUCCCGGAUAUUACGAUUGUGCGAAUGGCAUGCUGAUUGCUGGCAUCCACGGCUGACGCACCCUCAAGGUGGAUCCAAUCAAGAUUUACUAGCACUGGGCGUCCAACCUACAGUACCUGGUACUGGUACCACCGGUACCGGUACGUCGUCCCCGAACUUGGAGAGAAGGAGGUUGCAGAGAGUUACUGCACUCGAGAGCUCUGGCAAGCUACAUGUAGCUACUAGAUUGCUGAUAGAAAGGGAGCCAAAGUGACGAGAGCGCUGCCAGUUGAGAUGCAUCAAGAUGCGACGUUGGAACCUAUAGGUUGGCGCAGAUGCAGUUCAAGGAUUGAGAUUGAUCAUUCACAGUAACCCCGUAGUUAGUGGAUCGCCCAGCUUAUCUUACCCAGCACAAAGCCAAAACAUUUGGCCCCCGAACUGGUCCUCAAUUUCUCGCCCCUGAUCCCACAGAACACAGUCCUUAAUCUCGGCUGUUCUUUGCUUAAGCCUGGCCCCGGCUGGCUUCCGUAGAUAAUCUACCUACUCUAAACCCCCGCUUUCGAUGCAUGCAAGUGGCAGGAAAUCCAAAACAAACAAAAAAAGCUUUUGUUCGGUAGGAGGGAAAGGAAACCUUUGAGUGGCCCACGAAAACAUCAUCGCUUUGGUUGAGUCUGGGGUAAGGUAAAUUAUCCUAUUAUUAUUGCAAUUGUUCUUCAACAGUUUUUUUAGCUAGUCGAAGAAGGGUCCGGCGCAAAUUGAGCUCAGGCACGAGGUUCGGGAUUCGAGAUCAUCUUUUGAGGACACCCAUAGAGUAGAGGAGGAUACAGAUACCAGUACCGGUAGAUAGAUACUCUCGAGGAUGGUGGUUGUUGCCCGACUGAUCAUUGCUUUAUCUUGGUGGCAGCUCCUAGUAGUGGCUUCUGUGGCCACUGAUGCCGCCCCGGCAGAUAAUGGUGCCAUGAAAGGAGUGGUACAUGAGGGAGAAGAAUUUCGGAUGAACACAUGGCACUUAAUGUACAAUUGGUUCAUGGGAGGAUCCAUGGAGGCAGAGGAGCCGCCGUUGCCCCAGCCAAUCUUGGUUAUUGGAGCAGGUCUACCACGAACAGGGACUGCUAGCUUUCGAACAGCCAUGGGCUUGCUGAACAUGAAAUCUUAUCAUAUGGUUGAUGGGUACAUUGAGACACCGGGACACCAAGACAUGUGGUACAAACUUUUAGUUGAACAAUCCAUUUCAAUAGAUGAUGUUCUGGAUGGUAUUGCUGCAGAUGGCUUCAAUGCUACCAUAGAUACACCUAUAGUUUUUCACUACAAAGAGCAGAUGCAACGCUACCCCAAUGCCAAGGUCGUCUUAACGGUACGUGAUUCUCCCGAGCAGUGGGCAGCCAGCUUUGCAAAAACAAUCCGACGCAUGGUUUUGGCAAGUCGGCAAGUUCCCUUCACUUUGAUUGGUCCCAUGGCACGUUCAACCCAGACUGGACGGAGACUUUUUGAAGAUGCCAACCUGGACAUUGAAGAUCCUUCCCUGUUGCCACAAUUCUACAAGGACUUUGUCGCAGAGGUCAAAGCCACUGUUCCUUCUGACAAACUCCUGGUCUUUAAUGCCAAAGAUGGAUGGGAGCCGCUCUGCAAAUGUGUGUCUCCCCUUGCGGAAAGCAUCAAAACAAAAUGUCAGAAUCUUUUAGCCAUGGGGACACCCUAUCCCCAUGUGAAUGAUGAAGCACAAAUACUUGCUGUGGUUGUCGGGGUGGAAACAAUUACCAUUAUAUUCAAGGCAAUGCCCUUUCUCUUGGUUUUUGGAGUUUGUGUUCUGUAUUAUGUUCGUCAAACUGCACAGACUCGACCUGAUUCAUCCAACAAUCCUGGAAAAACCAAAAAGGAGUGAUUCCCUCAUCAAAUAGUAUCAUCUUGCCGGGAGCAGCCAUCGAUCGCCAGUUACCGUAGCUGUCUAGCUUUAAGGCAUACCGAAAGGACGACGACAAGAUCCAGUACCUACUUUGUGAGUAGCGCUACCAGGCUCUAGCUAGGUAGUUUAUUAUGGCUACUAUCAGCCAGAGCCUGAAGCAGCCGUCUUAGAAACUAAACACGAUAAUUUUAUGUUGCUGUUUUC